AUGAAUUAUCUGAAGAUUAUUUUCAAGAAUUCCAAUUAAAGAAAUCUAUUGAAUUAAAAUAAAUUGAAAUUGGAUUUUAAGCAUGCAUACCAGAAUAUAAUGAUAGAAUUUUAGGUAUUCCAGAUAUAGUAACAAGACUUCAGAUAAUUUAUGGUAUCCAAUUGGUGACUUUAAUUGAAGAUAAAGCAUAUACUGAUUAUAAUGUUAAAGUUAUGGCUUUAAAUGUUUGGAGAUUAAAUGCUUAAGGAACUUUAAAUCAAUGAAUUAAAUCAUUAGUUCAAUUAACAAUGACUUAUAUUAGAUUAAUUAUGAAAAACCACAAAUAACAUUUUUAGAGUAGAUUUCUUAAUUAUCUUUAAAACAAUAUUAUAAUAUUUAAAUAGGAAUGAGUUUUAUAUCAUUUAUAUGUUAUGAUUCAUCAAUUAUUAGAAACAAAUAGAUAUAAACAAUUUAAGAGAAAACUGCUAGUAGAUUAUUAGGCAAGAUGUAUACUUAAAAGUUUACAGUAAUAAUUAGAACAUAAUUUAAUAAAUAAAAAAGAGUUUUUAAAAAUAUUAGUUUAGCAUUACAAUGAAAUGAAUCUAAAUUAUCACCAUUGUUUAUAGGAUUGACUAAAUAUAAUCCAGAAUUCGGAGAUUGGGUAUUGGAUUAGAUGGAUAUUACUUUAGAAUGGUCACCUGCAAAAUUAAUAGCUGAAAUUGUUUUGUAAGAUAAGGACAAAUAAUUAGAUAGAUUAAAGAAAUUCUUAAAUUACAUUUUGAAUUAAAUAAAUAAAUUGGUCAAAUUGCUAAGUCUCAAGAUUAAUUUACUCAGCUUACCCUCUUAAUUGAAGUCUUAACUUAAGCAAUUCUUAUUUCAAGUAAACAAAAGAAUAAGGAACCAAUAUUAUUAGAUAUAGAAGAAGAAGACUUUUAAAACAUUCUAUAAGCAGUAAAAGUAACAAGUUAAUCAUAUGAACAUUGUAAUAUGA